CCAUGGCGGACUUCACGAGAGUUUCUUCCAAACACGGAGACGUGGAAAUGGCAAAUCGCAACGUACAUUACCAUGCAGUAGGUUCCAUAUUCUCUUUGGUCAUUUUUCAAAGACUUUGACUUGUUGGAAACAUUUUUGACUUCCAAAAAUGACUUUUCGCAGAACGAAAACAAAGGGUAUCUAGCAGACGCCGGAGAAAACGCAGGAAAUAAACCCGGGUGGAAAGAACAUCAGAAUGAGGAAGAUUUUGAUCCUUGGGCUCUGCCUGAACUUCAGGAUUUUGGACCAAAAUGGUCUGGUAAGUUUCGUGUCUGGUUGUAUUCUUCGUCUAACUUCGUCAUACUACAAAAAUUCAGUUGUGGUAUCAAUAUUAGGAAAGGGAAAGUAUUUUACAGCAGCAGUUUUACAGUUACAGCUUAUUAAAAUGAAGUCAAGGGAUGUAUUUGUGAAAACAAAGAAAAACAAAGCAAAAAUAGUAGAAAAACGGAAAUACCAUGAAUAUAAAUAGAGAUACCUGAAUAAAUUGUUGUUGUUGGCAUUAUUUUCCCUUUUUUUGGCGCUUACUUUCUUGUCAUUUAGCAAGAGACUCGUUUCAACUAGCAAAACAUGUUACAUACAGAGAACAACAACUGAUACAUAAUGCUAACGAGAAUAAUGUUUUCUUGUCAAUGCCGAUGUAACAAUGUCAAAUUAUAACCUCACAUCAAAUCACAACAGGGUUUACAAAUGCCUUGAAACCUGCUGCUAACAGCAAUGCUUUACCAACAAUUGCGACUUCAGUGCUGGAUCCAGACCUUGAGAUAAGGGGGGUUGGGGGAGGGGACCGGUCUCCAAAAGAAUUUUGGGAUCCGCCAUUGGACUUAUGAUUGUGUGACCAAAUCUUUCUCUUUGCUGACCGACAGAGCUCGACUGCAAAGGAAAGUUUCUUCGCGUUGCUUUGGCUUUUACCAAAAUUGUCCUACUCCUUGGUCUUCUGUACUUGUUCAUCUGUUCGUUGGAUUUCCUAAGCAGUGCCUUUCGCCUGUUGGGAGGAAAAGCCGCUGGCGAAGCCUUCGCUUCGAAUGACAUUCUCAGCAACCCCGUGGCUGGCCUUAUGAUUGGCAUCUUGGCAACUGUUCUUGUUCAAAGCUCGUCCACUACAACUUCCAUCGUGGUCUCAAUGGUGGCUGCUGGCAGUAAGUUUUGUAUUUUACAACAACAAUGUUGCAUGGUUCUGGAAGAUAUUUACCAGACUUUACUGUAAUUUAUAUAACGUUUUGGCGCCUCCAAUUGCUUCCAGUGGUCACAUAUCUGAAAAGAAUUUCAGCAUUUUUAAAAUCAACGCUUUGUAGGCAGAGGGUUUUAUUGAUUUAUGGACCAUAGUUUCGUCAUAGAGGAAAAAGACCCUUAUAUUUUGUCACUCAUCGAAAAAGCAAUACAACACAUUUAUUUUGAGUUGAUAUUAGCCUGGUAGCCAAUAACCAACAACGCUGGAGUUUGUCCGGCUUGAACUGUGCAAAAGCUCAGUAUAGAGAAGUCAGUUGAAAAGUCUGUUCCUUGUUUGCACAUUUUGUCUUUGGAGUUUCCUAGGGUAUUCUUCAUUCUGUUUAUCAUUUUUACUUCUGGAUUUGUACUAUUUCAAAUAUAAGGCAGAAAUUUUGAUUGGAAAAUGAUGUUUUGGUAUGCGCCUGAGAGUGCCUUGUGUAGAUAGAUAACCGCUCAUUUCGCCCCGGUUACUUGGCCCCCUGCUUUAGAACGAGGAGUAUUAUAAAGAAGCGCGCUUGUUUUGGUUUAUGGCUUAUAGAACGAGGAGCAUAUAGAGAGCUGUUCCAAAAUCUAACCAAGGCAUACGAUUGGUCGGAAUUAAGUUCCAGCCCCUUUCGUUUUAUUUACUAAUGAAUAUAUUGAAACAAGUUUCUGAUCCUUUCUAUUGUGAAAUAUCACAGUUCUAAGUUUCCCUUGCCAUUUAAACAAACAGUGAAUCAGCCCGUGGUCUGUCGACAGUCCAGCACUUAGGUCCAUUAACAAUCGUAAAAACAAAUUAAAUUGGAUUUUCCUGAUUGGGCCAAUUUAUCAAUUGAUUUGUUUAACGGAACGAGAAAAGCAUGUUUUGAAAAUGUAUCAAGCGUGGAGAAAGCGAGUUAUGGUUUCGUGGACACAUGAAGCGGAGGUUAAUAAGCGUACAGCCACGGGGUAGCCAGCCCAUAGACCUUAGGCCUGGGCCUACAAACUUUUGGCUUCAUCUAGCCUGAGUAUCAGGCCUUCGUAAGGGGUUGGGGAGGGGAGAAGCCCUUCCAUAUUUCCCCCAGAAACGCCAGAUACUCAGGCUAGUUUGAUCACUCUACCGAUUGUAAUAAAUUAUGCUUUUUUGGGCUAAGCUAAAAAGGUCAAGAGCUCAAAGUGUUGGUGACGUCAGUCUGUACUAGCCAUGCGUCCAAUUUUCAGGAUAUGUGGAAAUGAAAGUCAGCCAGGCAUACAACUUGGCGAAAAGCUGGGUACGUCCCUGACAGUCAUGUUUUUCACUUCAGAAAUCCUUAAAUGUAGCUUUUAUUAUGUUUGCAACACGCGGCGUGACGUUGUAAUUCUUACCCCCAAAACUGCAAACAAAUUGUGGAACGUCAAAUAGAUAGUAUUAUGCGGGCUUUACACUUGCACUUGUUGGUGAACAGAAACUACACUUUUAACCACAACAUCAUGCCACCUGUAAUCACUCUCUGAUCACGUGCGUCAGAGUUCAAAAUCUACGGUUGUCUGUUCCAUUCAACUGUUAUGCUCUAUCAAGCGACAAUUGUCGCGGCUUGUUGCAUACUCACACACUCAUCAACUUUUUACGAUAAACAGUUUGUUAUCGCACGUGAAAAUGACAAAUGGUUAAAGCAUUUCAGAAUAUCCCAAAUUCUUUCGCCACAUGCCUAGUUCCUGGACACUUUCCUCUUUCCCAAUCUUCUUCCAAAUUCCAUAAUAAAAUAAAGUGAAAUCAUACGGCAUACCUGAAGCGCUCACUCCCUCUUGAAUUAGGGCGUCGAUAAAACCAGGAACAUGGAACAUGCUAGAACAUGCCGGAACAUUCCGGAACAUCCCGGAACAUCCCGGAACAUGAAAAAAUAAAAAUAAUUUUCAAGAAAAAAAUAUAGUAAAAUAAUAAUAAUAAAAUGAUUUUUGUAAAAAAAUAAUAAACGUAAAAUAACCAAACAAAAACGAAAAAUAAUAAAAUAAUCGAGAAAAAGAAACUGGUAUCCUCUCUGAGUAUCAGAAAACAAUAUUUUGUCGUAACAAAUUAAAAUUUGUUGGGCAAGUGAGGGUUCAUGCAAGUGACAGUAAUGAGUGAAGGCUUGCUUCUAAAUUCAAAAUAUAUUAACAUGGGUCGCGCGAGGAGGGGGUUUUCAAGCUUUCCUCACACAGCCACCUCUUGUAAUUGUUUGCCAUGAGUUAAUCCUUUGGCGGUUAUCCAUUUACGGCUCUGCGAAGGUCUGAAUGAAUGACGGUGCAGUAUUUCAUGUCAAGCCAAGUCGGUAAGUAGCUCAUUUCAAGCCAACAUAUAGUCUCCUUAUAUAUAACCGACAUUUGCUUACUUGAGGUGCUUUGUUUCACUUGAGGUUGACAUGAAUUACUUAUAGACCAGGCGGCUCUGUGAACUUAAGAAGAGCAUAGGGGCUCCUGUCUUUGGAUUUUAGUGGACAGUUCUCUCAUUCGUAGUAGUUUCUAUACUGUUUACAGUCAGCAUGAUAUUUCAGACGUCUCCUCGAGUGGCAGGAGGAGUUUGCAGGGAGACGGCUAAAAUUCAGGCUAACUGAUAACAGUUAGAAACUACCGCUGCUCUACCACUACCACUGCAACUAUUCACGGGGAAUGUGAAUCUUUCAUUUAAUUAUCCAAGUCGAAAGCGACGAGCCCCUAAGCUCUUCUUACGGUCGCAAAGCUGUAAAUGGAUAACCGUUAAACCGCAUGGCAGACAUUUACAAUAGGUGGCUGUGUGAGGAAAGCUUGAAAACCCCCUCCUCGCGAGCCAUUUUAAUAUAUUUUGAAUUUAGAAGUAAGCCUUCACUCAUUACUGUCAUUUGAAUGGACCCUCACUCGCCCAAAAAAUUCAUUGCGACAAAUUAUUGUUUUCUCAUACUCGGAGAUUAUAUUAGUUUCGUUUUCUUUCGUUCUUUGUUUGUUUCUUUAUUUUUCGUUUUUAUGUUAUGUUAUGUUAUGUUAUUUAUUUUGUUAUCAUAAAUUUUUACAAAAAUUGUUUUCUAUCUAUUGUUCUUUUUAUUAUUAUUUAUUAUUAUUAUUAUUAUUAUUAUUUAAUUAAUUAAUUAUUUUUUCAUAAAAAAAUAUUUUAAUUUUUUCAUGUUCCAGAAUGUUCCGGAAUGUUCCGGAAUGUUCCGGGAUGUUCCAUGUUCCUGGUUUUAUCGACGCCCCUUGAAUUAGCCAUUUUACUGAAGUUCCGCUUGUUGUGUCGAAUGUUAUGUCGUUAUGGAGAAGGCCUACUCUGGGAACUUAAGUCGCCGUAAUUUUAGGCGACUUAAUUAAGGCGAUUUAAGGCAACUUUAGGAAAAUUUGGUCAAAAUGUUGUGCGACUUAAGGCGAUUUAAGGCGACUUUGGGCGACUUAAGGGGAAAAAGGUGACAUUUAGGCGAGUUACAUGGUAGUGAAUAUGUUGCUGUUAAUUUUUAAUUUCGGUGAAUUUUUGGUUUUCCCUUGUUUAAAAUUCAUUAGCAUACUUGACCAUACCCUGGAAAAGAUGGAAAAAUAAAAAUGAACUGAAAUAAAAAUGAACUACAACAUAUACAAAAUCAAAAUCUACAGAUAACACUACCUCUCUAGAGACACAAUGUUGUAGCAUAAGUUAAUUCAGUCUUGAAGACAUCUAACCCUGGUUAGUAACAUUUGCGAAGCAGCUCUAAUAUCCUUUGUUCUGGGUCCUGACGUACAAAAUGAAUUACCCGCAUUUUGAGUUUCCCUUCAACAUGAUUGGCAAAUGGACAAUGGCAUUUUUAACAGUCCAGUCCUGGCAUGUACUCUAAUCCUGAUACACACACAGGGGGCUCAGAACUAGGAUUUUGCCGCUAUUUUGCAGAUGGACUUAACCCAGAGUUUAGUUCCAUCUAAAGUCGAUACGUCACUUUGCCAUAGUAGCAAAGUUUCUGGAUGACAACAAAUCGAAAUUCGUGAAUUCGCACUGUUUCAAACUUCAUCGAUCUCAUUCAAUUUCAUUUAAUUUGUCAAAUGUUGGCGAAAUUUUCUUGGGUUGAAUUCGAAAGGACCGUAUCUAAGUUUAGAAAAAGAACAAGAAAAUUUUUGUGUUGUGUUCACCUACUUUAUAAAGCGGGGGCGUAAGUUUCAUAUAGCAGUCGUGCAACGAUCGUUCGCGGUGGAGCCGCGUCAACGAGACGCGAAGCGCCGAGAGAAAAAAAAUAACCUCUGGUCACAGGAGCUACGAGUCUCAUUUCCAUGCAAUAUUAGGAUCAUAUAUCUCAUCAAACCGGUUUGGAGCUGAUAUGCAUGUUUGUUUUCAUUGACGCUGACAGCUGAGAUUUGAUCCUACGUGACUCUCUACGAUGCAUUAAAAAAAAAUUGCGCAAAAGCUUACUUAGAAAAAAAAAUGCUAUAAAAAUUGCAACAAAUUCUUUUCCAAAAAAUGUACACUUCAAGUUUCAAGUAUAUGAAAAGGACAGAAGUCAGCUGAGAAGUACACACUCUGUAUGUUUUUAGAAGUCAACAGGAUAAAAAGAAUUUCCGGUCCGUGACACUUGUAUUACUGUACCAGGUCAAACUAAAUAUUGCCAGGCAAAACGGCUAUGCCAAACAAAACAUAUCAUUCUGCUGCAUUUUUUAGCAAAUAAACCGCGCAGCGAACUAUCAGGAAGUACGAAAAGAAGAAAAACCUUUUGCACCCAGGUUUUUUUUUGUACUGUCCGUGAGAAUGCAGAACUGAGACCAGCAAGACAAAGCAUAGCAGGAAAUUAUCACAUUCAUUCAAAGUACGUUCUUUGGUAGGAAAAAUUCAAACAAAGCUUCUUCCUCGAGCAACGUUGAUUCAGUUGUAGAAUGUUCGCAACAAAAACAACAACAACAACAACAACAACAACAAUACCUUUAUUCGCCUUGUACUUAAUCAAUUACAUACACACGUGAAAGAGAAAUAUAUAUAUAUAUUUAUUUGUACUUAAUAAGGCCUGGAGCUGAAAUAAUCCUAAGAUUUUCUAGCCAGUUCUCCAGAAAUUCGCUUAAAUUAUUUCGAAGUUUAUCCAGAGAUUGCCACACUUCCAAAAGUAAACAUGAAAGCAGAUAUCUCCGAAUUACAACCCGGGAUUAUAUUGUUUGUUAUGAACAUCGCAAUUGCAACCGGUUUUUAAUCUCAUGCGGUGAAGCUUUUCAAUGCAGCCAAUCAAGUUCAAUGUUACAGCGUUAAUUCCUUGCGAACAUGGGAGUAACCAAUCGGCGACCCACUUCAAAUUCUGAACUGAUUUCUCGCAUGGAAAUGAGUUUGCUUGCUUGUGUGACGAGAGGUCCGUCUCGGGAGCCUUAUCAAACCGUAAGCAUGGUUUGUUUCAUCUUAGGUAUUUUGAGAACGGACCUCUGGAGCCAGGGUAGUGUUUAACAAAACCUCGUUCUGACCCAUUUUCAGUUUUCCUAAAACGCUUUUAUCCUAAAACUAUUUAUCGUGAAUAGUUGCUAGAAGGCAUAAAGCGCAUACAAGAAACGUCGGACUCUUUUUGAGGACGAACUCAAUUGAUCCAGUUUCCUGCGAAUCCUCAUAUCCAGGUGAAAAGUAAAUGGAACACGACUUUUCUGGUCGUUGCAGUGCAAAAUUUCCGGGAGCGAAGGAACGAUGAUCUGAAAAGGUAGUCCUGUUUUUCCGCACGGAAUGUUAAUAGCAGAAAUUUGCGUUUCAUUUAUUAAAGCCAAUCUUUGAUACCAGUUCCAGGCUUUCGCGGCUGUUUUUCGGUAACAGCCCACUUAUGUGAAUUUCAAGUUUAAAUUUUAGGAGCCGUUAAAAAAAUAUUUUCUCUCGGUAUAGCUCUGGCCCUGAGAAAAGGCUAAUUUUGUUAGCCGAAAUAUUGGCCUAUAAUAUAUCAGCCCUUUGCCGUAGUCUCAGCCUUGCAUUCAGUUUUGUUCCAUUUUACACCUCAAGUGACGUCUGGCUACAGCAUCUCUUUAAUUAGUUAGAGAUCCGGCAGGAGGAACCAGUCAGUUUUAUUAACGCGUUGCGUGGACCUCUGUAUUCAAACAGUUUUUCUGUGUAACUGGUAAGCACAAUGCCUGAACAAAAUUUACCAACUCUGAAUUUCACUUUACCAAUUACCCAAACCAUGAACCGAACGGUUUGCCCAAGUAAAUGGUAAACAACCAACAGUUCCCAAAAGGCCAAAACAGUCUUAAAAAGUGGAAUUCAUCACCGUUACAACAUCAGCCCUGUCUCAUGAGAGCAACCUUAAAUGAUGUUUCACCACUGCACUCGAUUCAGUUUCCCGACGGCUUAUCGCUUCAGGCUGAGUGAACAUCUAAUUCAAUAGACCUUAUUUUAGCACAAGUUGUUUUGAAUACAACUGAUUUUAGUAAAGCUUUUAUAACAGUUAUAAGAGAAUAGUAGGUCGCGUAGGAAUGAAGUAAAGGAACCGUGUUGUUAGUCCCUGGCAUUCUUAUUACUUUUUUGACUCUUGAAUAGCAAUCACUAGAAUCCCCAUACAGACCCUUGUUGGGCAAAUAUAAUUGACACCCUUAAGCUAGGGCUAUCUCUGUUUUCAAACGUAUUUCAGGUAUUUAUGAAUAGUGAGAGUUUAACAGAGAACUUUACCUUUCAGUUGUGGAUGUUAAGCCUGCCAUUCCAAUGGUAAUGGGAGCGAACAUUGGAACAUCAGUCACCAACACCAUUGUCUCCUUGGCUGAAGCUGCCGAGCGAAAUGAAUUCCGUCGUGCCUUUGCUGGAGCCGUCGUGCACGAUAUAUUCAACUGGUUGUCUGUCAUUGUGUUUUUGCCUCUCGAAGUAGCUUCCGGCUACUUGCGCCGACUAACUGGAGAGAUCAUUGACUCUCUCAGUCUCAAAACAGAUAAAGGUGUCAACCAAAAGUUGUUGAAAACAAUAACGGAACCAUUUACAAAGCUUAUUAUUCAGUUGGAUAAAAACGUCAUAACGGAUAUUGCCCUUGGAGACCAAUCUGCUGAAUCAAAGUCUCUAAUCAAAAGUUGCAAGCCGGAAAAUGUCACUAAGGUGGUCAAUAAGACUGACUUGGUCAAUGACGGUAAUACAACUUAUACAACUUAUAAACUUGUGAACGAGUCGUCUACAACAGAUCCUCCCUGCUUCCUUUUUGCAGACACUCCACUGAGUGACACAGAAGUUGGUGUCAUAAUCCUGGUGAUAGCUAUCGCUCUUCUUUGUGUCUGCCUUAUACUCAUCGUCAAAACCCUUCAUUCCAUGCUUCGCGGUCAGAUGGCCAAGAUUAUCAAGAAGACCGUCAACGCAGACUUCCCAGGGCCGUUCAAGUAUUUCACUGGUUACUUUGCCAUCUUGGUUGGUGCUGGGUUAACAAUGUUGGUUCAGUCCAGUUCCAUCUUCACCUCUGCACUUACGCCUCUUAUCGGUGUCGGAGUGGUGUCUCUUGAGCGCGCCUUUCCCCUCACUUUGGGUGCAAACAUCGGAACAACUGCAACGGGCAUUCUGGCAGCCCUGGCAAGUACCUCAAACUUGGACAAAGCUCUCCAGAUUGCCUUCUGCCAUCUGUUCUUCAAUAUUUCUGGUAUCAUAUUGUGGUAUCCAGUCCCUUACGUUCGCAAAUUGCCUAUCAAUACGGCAAAAUUCCUGGGCAACAAAACUGCUGAGUACCGCUGGUUUGCCUUGGCUUACCUGAUUUUUGGUUUCUUUCUCCUUCCUGCAGCUAUAUUUGGCUUGUCAUUGGCCGGUUGGCAAAUCCUGGUUGGUGUGGCAGUCCCAAUUGUUCUUCUCUUGCUGUUCAUCAUCAUUGUCAACAUCCUUCAGAGGAAAGCCCCAGACGUUUUGCCAGAGGUUCUCCAAGAUUGGAAAUGGCUACCAAAAUGGACACGGUCAUUGGAACCUUAUGAUCGUGUGUUUAAAAAAUUGAGUGGACUUAAACGAUAUUGCUGCUGCGGUAGAAAUCGGGAGGACUAAAGUGAAAAAGAAAACU